AUGGCGCUAGUAGGGGCAAUUCCUGGUCUGGAAGUCAGGAGAACACUUGACGAUUCCCUGAGUUGUUUGGUAUCAGAUGUCGAGAUUGCCGGAAGUCCAUCGUCCAGUCUGUCCAUGCCCAAGGCCUCUCGAGAUAAAUUGACAGGGGAGACGUUGACUGUCAGUAGUCCCAUUCCUUCCCCCGAGAUGGGAUUCAUGGACUUGCAGGAAUCGCACGCAUUGCAUACCCUUAGUGAUGGCUUCGACUCCUCCUUUCACAGUUCGAUGAAUGGGCCUAUAGACCAAUCGACGCCAAGGAAGAGUCAAAGGAUGAGGAGUGAUUACCGCUUCGAAUGCUGCAUUGGGAUAAUGGCAACAAGAGACCUACUAGACACAGAAUGCGAAAUGAAGGAGAUGUCAGCCAAGGAAAAGGAGACAUUCUUGGCUCGUUUGAUUCAAGAAAAUUCAUCAUGCCAUCGACAGACUGAACAACGGGAAAAGCUUCGGAGAAGGAAGAAGUCUGCAGUUCCCAAACGCAUCAGGACUUCUCCCAAAGUGAAAGUUGCAGAGGCCUGGAUGACUAACUUUCUGCGAUGGCACGGACAGCAUUCACCCUGCUCUACUAAGAUUAUCUACGUUCAAGGAUACAACGCGAAGGAGCUCCAUCAGCUGAUGAUAUGCAGUCUCUCCAAAGGCAUCCCUAAGGAAAACCUCCUUCAUUACACAAUUCAGCGCCUUACCUAUCAAAGGCACAGACUCAUGGCUCUUGAAGGUGAGGAAUGGAUGACAAUUGUUGUGGAU